UUUGCCCCCCCAUUUUCUUGUUUAACAAACUAGCUUUUUGGAGUUAAUUAAGCGUGCUUUGGAAUAAAGAUAGUAAUUGAGAAGGACACAGGGAAAUUCCUUUAUUAUACCCGCCAUUUUGUACGUAGAGAUUCUCUGACCCUCUUAUAUAUAAUAACCACGAUUCUCAAAUCUUUCUUAAAUCUCAAAUCUCGCUUUCUUCUUUGUCUUCGUGUGUAUGUGGACUGGGUUUCCACAAUGCCGGAGCUAGGUUUCCCGGAGCAGAGCUCGUUGUUGCCGGCGGCGGCGAGAUCCGGCCUCAGAGCACGCGACGCCAGCCCCGACUCGGUCAUCUUCACGCUUGAGUCUAACUUGAGCCUCUUCUCUUCCGCCUCCGCCAGCGUCGACCGCUGCUCAUUCGCCUCCGACGCCCACGACCACGACUCCAUCGUCUCCGAGAUCUCUCUGCAUUUUGCAGCACAAGAUAGUGAGCAACAAGAGAGUUCAAGUGGUCCAGAUCCAGAUCCAAACAAACCCGCUAUUCACAUCAAUAGGAAUAGAAAAGGCAAAAAAGUGAAAGUUCAAAAAGAAGAGAGCGAUGGGGAGGUAGCUCUUGAUUCUGCUAGGAGCUCCUUUUCUCUGGCCCUCAAAGAGUGUCAGGAACGGAGAUCCAGAUCUGAAGCUUUAUCAAAGAAGCAAGACAGGCGACGACCCGCUUCCUUGGAUUUGAACAAUGCAACUGCUUCUUCACCUCGAUUGGUAACCAUCAAGAAGGCGUCCUUGACUUCUCGCAGGUCGGGUAAUUUCCCAAGUCCCGGAACCCCAAACUACCGGCACGCAAGUGUAGGAAUGCAGAAGGGUUGGAGUUCCGAGCGAGUGCCUUUGCAUUCCAAUGCUGGCCGGACGCAUGCGAAUGCUUUGCUGUUACCUUUCAAUAGCGGAAAGACCUUGCCUUCAAAGUGGGAGGACGCUGAGAGAUGGAUUUUUAGUCCGGUUGGUGACGGUGCGGUGAGAUCUUCGUAUCAGCAGCCGCAGAGGAGGCCAAAGUCGAAGAGUGGUCCACUUGGGCCUCCUGGAAUAGCGUAUUAUUCUUUGUACUCGCCAGCCAUACAGAUGUUUGAUGGUGGUAGUGUGGGCAAUUUCAUGGCUGCUUCUCCUUUCUCAGCUGGUGUUAUAGCAGCAGAUGGAUUGGGGAUCCAAACUAACGGUCACGGUGGAGCCUUUCCUGUUCGCACAGAGCCUUGCAUGGCCCGUUCAGUUAGUGUCCAUGGUUGCUCUGAGAUGCUGACCCAGUCUUCAGUGCCUGUUCCUGAAGGCACAAAUGAAAAUCUUGAUGGGGUCAAGGAUGCAGCCACCAAUGUAUCUCGUGCAGUUUCAAGAAGGGAUAUGGCUACCCAGAUGAGCCCAGAUGGUAGCACCCACUCAUCUCCUAAAACAGGGCCUUACUCUGAUUCUACCCCCUCAAUCCUGCCUAUCCUAGAGUUGGAGAGUGCCCCUUCUUGUAAAUUGGAAGUCAGGGAUGUGCAGGUAGAUGAACGAGUCACCAUGACUAGGUGGUCCAAGAAACACAGAUCACGAAUUCCUGUGAAGGGUUCUGAAAUUUUUGAAAACUGGAAGAAAAAAGAUGGAGAUGCACGAUCACCAGCUUGGGAUCUUUCUGACACAGCAAAGAGCAUUUCAAAGGUUAAAAGAGAGGAAGCUAAAAUCACGGCAUGGGAGAACCUGCAGAAGGCAAAAGCUGAGGCAGCAAUACGGAAGCUAGAGAUGAAGCUGGAGAAAAAGAGAUCAUCAUCCAUGAAUAAGAUAAUGAAGAAGCUGAGAUCGGCUCAGAAGAGAGCUCAAGAAAUGCGGAGCUCAGCAAUAGCUAACCAAGCUCACCAAGUUACUAGGAGUUCUUCACACAAAGCUGUAUCAUUUCGUAGAACCCGUCAGAUGAGUUCUUUGAGUGGUUGUUUUACUUGCCACGCUUUCUAAUUCCUUAUCCAGCUAUCUGUUGCUCCACUUGACCUCCGAUGCCAGGUUUAAGUAAAAGAAGGUGUCCAGAAUGAGUGCGAUCAUGAAGAUGUAUAGCAGUGAGUAGCUAAGAUUGUGACACAAAAUCAGUGUCCGAAAUAGAUUUUUGGUGUGACAAGGAUCAGUAACUCCGCACGUUUGCCGAAACAAGAAAAUAGAAAGACUACCCAGUACUGCUUUUGGAGACUGAGAGUCGAAUAAUGCAUGUAUGUACGUAUUAUGUAAAUCAGAAUGAUAAGAUUUUAUACUUUUUAUUUUUUCAAUGUCUUUUCCACUAUAGCAUUUCGCCUUCGUUGUGCAAAUGAAGAAACGAUUAAGGGGUUUAAUUCCAUUAAUUACAGAAAUGAAGAUUACUGAGUUC